CCCCUCUCUAUAAAACAGGCCUAACCCAAUGAGCCCACUCCCCCAUAGCAUUCUCCAACCUUCCCCUUCCUUUUUCUCUGGUGAAAACCUUCCUCUUCCAUUAUAAUUUGCUUUCCCACACAAAACCCAAAAACCCAAAUCUCUCAUUUACCAAAAGAGAAACACAAAAUCUCUCUCUCUCUCUCUCUCUGUUUUGCAUUGUUAAUCUGUGAGAAUCAAUCAGAAUGCCUCGUCUAAGCGCUUUGGCACUCAUUUUCUUAGUGGUCUUGGCCUCAUUUGCUGCAGCUUCAGAAAGCAGAAAGCUUUUGGACACGAAGAAGCAGGAUGGUGAUGGCCAGUACAGGAAGAGAAUGGCUUCUCUGUUUCUAGGUGCUCUUCCGAAGGGCACAGUGCCCGCUUCUACACCCAGCAAGAAGGGCCACGCCGUCGUCAUCAAUGAGAAGCUCGUUGCUCGCCAUCUCAGUAGCAACGAUCGGAUUCUGGCGCAGGCUGUUCCCAGCCCCGGUGUUGGCCAUUGAUUAAUUGCUAGCAAAUAUACCAGAAAUAUUAUUCUUAUAUUUUUUCAUUAGUUUCAAUAAUUUUAUAAUCCCUCUACAAUUUUGAGUUCUUCUUGGGUUAGAUGUAGAAUUUAGAACAGAACUUGAAAUGUAUAGACAGUUUUGGUUGGGAUUCAUUUUGCAAUCUGCACAAUCCCUUUAGAUAUAUAGAUGCAAGAAUUCUCAGAGCUAGAUAUUAGAUUGUAUUUUUUUUUGUUUUGGUAACAUUUGUUCAUCUAUUUGUUUAAGGAAAAUAGUUCUAAGAAUUUUCAAAAAGAAAGGUCUAUACUCUCU